AUGUCUCCAAGAAGACAAAUCCCUCAAGAAAAUGGUCCUGUUCUUGAUCAAGUAACUGAUGAGGAAUUUCGGACCGCUAUCACUAUGCUAGCUCACAUAGUAGCCAACCAAGGAGAAAUGGCUCCUCAAAAUAUGAUCACACCAGCUUCAAGAGUUAGAAACUUUACAAAGAUGAACCCUCCCGAGUUCCAUGGUUUAAAAGGCGAUGAGGAUCCCCAAGACUUUGUGUAUGAGGUAUAUAAGAUUAUGGAUAUUAAGGGGAAUUCUGCUGAAGAGAAGGCGGAGAUGGAGGCCUACCUACUUAGGGAAGGAGAGAAGCUGGAAGAGAGAAGGAUAAGGGAGGCCAAGAGGGCUCGGUUUGAAGAUGGAUUUUCUAAUGCUAAGACCGGUGAGGAUAAUGGUCGUUUUCAACAAGGCCAAAUAUUACAAUUUCAAGGUUCCCCUCAAACUUCUGGCCAAAGGUUUGAUAAGGAUAGGGUGUCAUACCCUAAGGGACAAGGUGGAGAUGUGAAUGUUAGUGGUACUACUCUCCUUACCUGCACCAAGUGUAAAAGGAAUCAUGGGGGUAGGUCUUUGAUGGGAACGGGUGCUUGUUUUGGAUGUGGUAAAAUAGGGCACAAAGUCUCUAAAUGCCCUAACAAGAUGAGAGAAGAACGUCCUCAAAGGCAAGCUACAGAAGGUGGAAAAGCUCAAUGA